AUGCCGACAGAUAAAGUUCCUACCACACGUCUGGGAGACAACGGCCCAGCCGUGCCUGUCCUUGGUCUCGGUCUCAUGGGCUUGUCCAAGGGUCCAUACGGUCCUAUUCCGAGUGACGAUGAGAGACUUGCAUUUCUUGACCGCGCUUUCGAGCUUGGCUAUACAUUUUGGGACAGCGCUGAUUUAUACGGAGAUAGUGAAGAACUCAUAGGCAAAUGGUUCAAGCGUACAGGGAAGCGGGACCAGAUUUUUGUAUCCACCAAGUUCGGCUUUGUCAAGGGAAGCAAGACCCUCGAGGUUGAUAGUUCCGGCGCAUAUUGCAAGAAGGCAUGCGAUGAAUGUCUCAAGAAUCUCGGCAUCGAUUCAAUUGACCUCUUCUAUAUGCACCACGCCAACCAUAACACCCCGAUCGAGGAAACAAUGAGAGCCCUCGCUGAGCUCAAAGCGGAAGGAAAAAUCAAGCACAUUGGUCUCUCUGGGAUAAGUGCUGCUACCCUUCGUCGUGCUGUCAAGAUCGCUCCCGUUGCUGCUGUUCAAACCGAUUACUCCCCUUUCAAUUUGGAAAUCGAGCAAGCACACAGCGGUCACCUUCUCAACGCAUGUCGGGAACUCCAGAUCCCCGUGGUUGCUGCCAUGCCGCUCGCUCGCGGGAUGCUUACCAACCGCUUUGCCAGCGGCGAUGCGCUCACUGAAGGCGAGGACAUGCGUAGCAAGCUCAUUCCUCGUUUCCACGAUGGUAACCGGGAGAAGAAUGUCGAGAUCGCCAAGCAAUACCAGGAACUGGCUGACAAGAAGGGCUGCUCGGUGGCGCAGCUUUCCCUCGCCUGGCUACGAAAGCAGGGAGGGGAUAUCAUCCCCAUCCCAGGAACCAAGCAGAUCAAAUACCUGGAGGACAACUGGGCGUCACUGAAUGUUGAGCUGACGGCGGAAGAAGAGGCUGAGGUCAGGAAACUUUCGGAGACGGCAGAGUUGGCCGGCUAUCAUCUUCCUCCCGCAUUCGCAAACUUUUUGUUUGGUGACACUGUUGAGGAGGCUUAG